AUGCCGAUGAAUUUGGUGUCAACAUUGACAAUCAAAUGUUGGCUGCAGGGAGUAUCCGAACUGGCUCUAAUACUCAAGUCAGAGACUGCAGCUGCGCCACAGAAGGUUUCACGAAUGUACUAUCAAAACUUUGACACCAACAUUACUGCACGGUACCAUGUCAUUAUCGAAAAUUGGCCGCUAGUGAAAUUCUGCGCCCCCAGUGAUAUUAGCUCGCGCAAUGAGCUGUCCGUCCUGAAGUGUGCUUGGGAAUCCAAUGCUACUCAAUUCCGCCGCCUCACUGACACUGAAUUUGAACUUUGGGAGGAGGAUUGGUUCCAGGCAGCAUUAGCACUACAGAACGAAACCCCUGUGGAGGACACUCAACCAAGCGAGAGCUCUCCCAAGCCCCCUCUCAACUUGUCAUUGGUCACAACAAACACUACAUACCCUGACAACACUAUCCCACAGCCAGAUACCAACACUUGUCCUUCCGAUGCCAACAUUCAUUCUUCUGAUGCCAACACCCGUCCUUCUGAUGUCAGCACUCAUUCUUUUGGUGCCUCUCAACCUCAUAGAUGCAAACACAAGGCUCCAUCCACAGAGGUCCUAAACACUGUGUUCUCUGGCAGUGGUGACAGUAUCCCUAUCCAGAAAAAGGUUCGGAAAGAGAGAUCUGACAAAGGGAAGGCACGUGGACCACGAAAGAAGGCUACCACCAAAGCCAUGCAAGAAUCUGCGGCUGUUGUCAAUAACUCAAGCACUCCUGACAUCAAUUCUCCUCCUAGCACUGCAGCUCAUGUCAUGGGCACUGCAUCUGCAGAAUGA